AAUUGAAUCAAACAAGCAUCGGAAGCUGGGGCUAUUUAACAAACUCACGUUAUGUUACUACUAAAUACAAUUAGAGUGGUAUAUAAUAAGUAGAGACAAAUUCCAAUCUGCUCAUGUCAACAGUAAUAAUGAAGUUCAUAAAACAACUUUGUUCAUGUUGGCGUGUGAUGCCUGUAAAACAAGUGAUCACAGAAGAAAAAAAGUACCACUCACUCAUGCGGGCAUCCAACACUCCAGCUUCCAGAACUACCAUUACCACCGUUGCCUUGUUCAACCAAGAGUCUUCUCUUCCUUCGGCUUGGAAACACAGGAAACUACAAGGAUCGAAAUCGCUUCCUGCUACCGCCACCAACUGGAAGCCAUCACUAUGUGCAAUUAUGGAGGACAAGGUUGUGCUGCCUACUAUGGUGAUUGGAGCGGAGACCGGUAAGGAACACACCGUUAAAUCUGAGAAAAGCGGGGUUGGGAGAUCCAUCUCCAUUGCUGAUAUUCGGCUUAAGGGAAACAACCACGUUGAACUAAGGCGAUCUUCGUCUUUCUCGACUGUUCAAGCCUUUUCUCCGGCAUCGUCUUUUCUAUUCUGAAUAUCCUAUGUAUUAGUUCUUGACAUAUGUGUUGCAUGGGAGGCUGUGAAACAUUGUAUCAUAAGUUAAAUACUCCCUCCCUACCUAGCCAGAGAAGUAAUAUUUUCUUGGAAUAAAAAAAUGUUUAGUUUUCAUAAA